GCUCUCAUCGCUGCGAAGUGCCAACCCAAAGCCUAAGACAGCAAACCAUGGGGUGCACAACCACGAGCGCCACCUCGUCUUCCUCCUCUGCUGCCAGCGGCGGCGGUGCACACGUGCUGCUCCCGCCGUACCCUGGCGCGCAGGGCCACACAAACCCGCUGCUCCAGUUCGGCCGCCGCCUCGCCUACCACGGCUUCCGCCCCACGCUUGUCACCUCCCGGUACGUACUCUCCACCACGCCGCCCCCAGGGGAACCCUUCAGGGUGGCAGCCAUCUCCGACGGCUUCGACGGCGGCGGCGCGGCCGCGUGCCCCGACAUCGCUGAGUACUAUCGCCAGCUCGAGGCCGUGGGUUCGGAGACGCUGGCGGAGCUGAUCCAGACGGAGGCCGCCGAGGGCCGGCCCGUGCGCGUGGUGGUUUACGACCCGCACCUGCCGUGGGCGCGCUGGGUGGCGCAGGCGGCCGGGGUGGCGGCGGCGGCGUUCCUGUCGCAACCGUGCUCCGUCGACGUCAUCUACGGGGAGGUGUGGGCGGGGCGGCUGCCGCUGCCGCUGCCGGUGGUGGACGGGAAGGAGCUGUUCGCGCGCGGGCUGCUGGAUGUCGACCUCGGGCGCGACGACGUGCCGCCGUUCGCGGCCAGGCCAGACUGGUGCCCCGUGUUCCUUCGGGCGACGGUGCGGCAGUUCGAGGGGCUGGAGGACGCCGACGACGUGCUCGUAAACUCAUUCCGCGACAUCGAACCCAAGGAGGCAGAUUAUAUGUCCCUAACAUGGCGCGCGAAGACAAUAGGCCCAACGUUGCCAUCAUUGUACCUUGACGAUGACCGCUUGCCGUUGAACAAGGCCUACGGGUUCAACCUCUUCAGCAGCAGCGACUCAUGUCUGCCUUGGCUUGACAAGCAGCGUCCGCGUUCUGUAGUCCUGGUAUCCUAUGGAACUGUUUCAGAUUACGACGAAACGCAGCUAGAAGAGCUUGGCAACGGGCUGUACAGUUCUGGCAAACCAUUCAUUUGGGUUGUGAGGUCGAAUGAAGAACACAAGCUGUCCGAUGAGCUUCGCGACAAGUGCAAGGAGCGCGGCCUUGUUGUCUCUUGGUGCCCACAGCUCGAAGUUCUAGCACAUAAAGCUACAGGUUGUUUCUACACGCACUGUGGAUGGAACUCGACACUGGAAGCGAUUGUUAAUGGCGUGCCAAUGGUGGCAGUACCACACUGGGCUGACCAGCCGACCAUAUCGAAAUACAUGGAGAGCGUGUGGGCCUUGGGUGUCAAGGUGCGCAAGGAUGAGAACGGCUUGGUGACGAGAGACGAGGUGGAGAGGUGCAUCAAGGAUGUCAUGGAUGGGGAUAGAAAAGAUGAGUACAGGAUGAAUGCCACUGUGUGGAUGAAAAAGGCCAAGGAAGCUGCACAGUACGGAGGGAGCUCGGACAAGAAUAUUGUUGAACUAGUUAUGUGCCCGUGCGUUGCGACGGCAUACAAAUUAUUCGAUACAAAGUUAGUGUAUAAUAAUUACAUGAAAACAAUCAAUAUAUAUUAUAAACAACUACAAACUUAUCUAUUGGCACGAACAUUAAACAUGACAUCGAUGUUUUUUCAAGGCUUCACGAGACAAAAAAAAGAUCAAUUGGGAAAAAAGGAACAUAAAUGUGAGUAGACCUGAGUGGUCAAUAGCUGAGCAAAUAUGGCCUUCACAUCAUCGAAGACUACAUCAGCAGAUUUGGCGCCAUCAACCUGAGCGAGCAUGCACCCGCAAACUUUUACUUAAGUGAGAUUAGGUCAGUCAUUACCGUUCAUAUUUACUCUACAGAAUAAAGUUACAAACUUUAAUUAGCACAGUCUACGUUUCAUACAAAAAAAUCAGAGCAGCCGCAAAUUAUUAUUCUUCA